AUGCCUGGCGGGGCGGAAACGGCAGAACGCUUUGCAGAGUACGAGAUGGAGACAGAGGCCCAUGAGGAGGGGCACGAGCAUGAUGUUGGAGAUAGCUCGGAUGAAGCGCCGCCGACAAUGCGCUUCACCUUCCACGACCAAGACUUUGCCGUAUUCCCGGCGCGUGGUGACAGUGGCACCAUUUACUACGUGAGCAACGACCCAGACGAGGAGCUGGAAAGCGUGGCUGCACCGGAACUAGUGGUGGCAGAGGAUGCGUACUGGAACCCUCUCGAGUCGAUCUUUUCUGCUCUUCGCAUCCCGAGCGCACUGGGCGAAUUCCUCGACGAAGACACGGCCCUCACGCUUGCCUUCCCGGACCUGGACUUGAGCGUGCAAGAAGACGAUAUGUACACGCGCGAAAUCUCGCUCCAUGAUAUUUAUCGCCUUGCUCUGGGUUUCGGUUUCCACGCGAGUUUGCACGUCGUCGUCACGCAGACGCCCCGGUUCAUUUCGAGGUACAAUGAGCUUGCGACGAUGAUGAACGACGCAGACGAUGCGAUCUGGGAAGAGCAUGACGGAGAGGAGAUCCAGGAGAUCUCGGAGGAGGAUGCAGAACAGGACGGCGACAACGACCAGGAGGUGGACGACGCGGAAAAGGGCAAUGCACAGCCAGCCGACGAGGCGAGCAAGACAGAGCACGAUGACGGUGCGAGCGCGACCGUCGCAGCCCCUGCCGCUGGAGAUGGCGAAAAGCCCAAUGCAGGCGAAAACGCAGCUCACGAGGACCUCGAGGAGGCUCACGAGACAGGGGACGGUGCAGAGACCAAGGCGGCCAACGCCACCGGAGAGGAUGCCCAGGAAGGCGAAGAGGCAUACGAGGAAGAGGCUGAUGCCGAGGCCCACGAGGGUCAAGACACGGAGGCCGACGCCGAAGAGGGCGAGGCAGAAGAGCCUAAUGCCGAUGCCGAGGAGGCCGAUGCCGAGGAGGCCGAUGCCGACGAGGCCGACGAGGCUGACGAGGCUGAAGCCGACGAGGCCGACGAGGCUGACGAGGCCGAAGCCGACGAGGCCAAGCCUGCCAAUGCCCCCGAGGGCGACCAUGCCGAGGCAGGCGAGUCGGGUGAUGAGGCCACAGUCAACGAGGCCGAGGCAAGCAAAGCCAGUACCGACGAACCGGCCACGACCGGCACCACGGAGCAGUCUGCUCCUGCCGAGAAGCCUGCCACCGACAGCGCGGAGCAAGGCGCAACACCUACCGGGGCCGCGCCUGAACCGUCAGCCACUUCCGAUACCCUCCCGUCCGAAAUGGCCUCUCCUUCCGGUCAUACGGCUGCCGAUCUUGAUCCCGAGGCUGAUUAUGAGCCGUCCGAGCCUCUGACUGGCGAAGAAGUCGAUGUCGAUGCGCCUGGUGCGUACGACGCGUACGAGGAUGAGCAUGCCGAGUACGAAGAGCCCGAAUCUGCACCUGUCCGUGCCAAGCGCCCUGGUGCCGAUGCAGACACCGCUAAGGACGAGGCGAAGCGUCCUAAAGUCGAGUCCUAA